AUGCAGAUCAUCGAUCCAAAGGGAGGCUCACAGUUCGCAACAGAAGAUGAGAUAGAAGUGAGCAUCAAGAUCGGGUCAGGUGCUCCAGCUCUCGUCUAUAUUUUCUGGGAUGAUGGAACUGGGAACGACGUUUUGGAGACGACGAUCAAUGAAGCCGAUCCAGCCACAUUGUACAGAUUCAAUCGAUCCUACACUUCUGCUGGAGUGAAGAAUGUUACCGUUGAAGUGAGGAAUGAGCCAAAGCAGAAGAGAAAGAGACGGAAUGCUGGUGACAUAGUUGGCACCGGUCAACCGAGUUCUCAGAAGACAUUUGUCACCUUUGAAGUUCUCUAUCCUGUGAAGGGCGACUGGUACCUCGCAAUUGCCAGCGGACUCACUCACGGAAUUGUUCUCGAUCCUCCAGGUGAGGUGACAUUCGCGUUGAACUGUUCAUCGUGCCUGGAUCUCCCGACGGCCGCUGUAGCAGAAUGGGACUUUGGUGACCAGAAGGCGAACAGUCAGCAAGUGGACUCGAAUCAACUAGUCAUGAAGAAUGUGUACACGACUGUCUCUGGAACAAACCGCUCUUUGUACUCUGUCAGAGUAAACAUGUCAAAUGCUGUCUCAUCUGCUGAAAUCCACCUAAAUAUCAACGGAGUGGAUAAACAGCUGGAGGUUUGGAGAAAAAUUGAAGAUGUCAGCAUGGAGGUGAACUUCUUGGAUGAGCAUGGAUCUCUCAUUCCCGGCUAUGGAGAUAAUGGGACAUACUUUCCUCUGCAUCGUCCAGUUGUGCUUCUUCCAAAAUAUCAUGGAGGAGUCAUUUCGAAGUUCAGGUACAAGCAAGAUAGCGGCACCAUUUUGGUGGAAUCGGACGUGACGGACGAGUUCAAUCCCAAUAUCACCCGCUUGGAGAAAACAUUCGAUGAGGAUGGCCGAUAUAGAUUUGGAGUGGAACUUUAUAAUGAAGCACAAGGGUGGGUUCCUUCAGGAUACCAAGAGGUCAACAUCGACCCCUUUAUCCCGAUCGUCAAUCUCCGAAUCCUCCAACCGAAGCCAAGUUCUGUAUUUGCUGUCGGAAAAGAUGUUGAGUUCGUCAUCCAGAUGGAUCAAGGCUCCCCGGCAAUAAUAAACAUCUUCUGGGAUGAUGGAACCGGGACGAUGGUGCAGGAAGCUACCAUUGCAGCAGUCGACCCUACUCAGAAGUACAACUUCAGUCAUUCAUUUACCACGACGGGUACUAAGAACAUAUCAAUAGAAGCAAGAAAUGCCGUGGGACCUCUCAAAGGAAAAGCGAAUUCCCAGAUGGUAUCGACACAAAUGAAAGUAAUCAAUUCACUUGGAGACGACUGGGAGCUCACAGUUGAAAGUGGAUUGACAGACGGAAUAGUCUUGACCCCUCCAGCGACGGUGGAAUGGGAUUUUGGGGAUGGCACAACAGCCACUGAAAAUAUUGUCUCAAAUCGCCUCACGAAGACGAAGACGUUCACCACCCCUGCAGACAAAAGCAGCUCUUCAUACGCUGUUAAUGCCACCUUGUCAGAUGUUCUUGCAUCUCACACGUUCCCACUGAAAAUCAAUGGUACCGAAACUGCAUUGGAAGUCUGGGAUGCAAUUGAGGGGGUUUCCUUAAAUGUGACAUCGGAGAGUCCCAACAGAUCUGUGGCGAGAGGAUCAGGGGAUCAAGAGAAUACUUUCCCUAUCGUCAAUACCAUCAUUUUCACAACUCUCGUGAAGAAUGGUGUUGUCAGCAAAUUCCAGAUUGUACAAGACAACAAAACUGUACUCGUUGAAAAGGAGGCAGCUGACAUGUUCAAUCCUUCCGGAGAAACCAUGCGCUUUAAAUUUGCAGAGGAUAAGCAUAACCGCCCAACGUGUUGGUUGCAGGAUGGUGUAAAAAAGCUGAUUUUGAACGCCUACAACAAGAUCCAGGGCUGGGUUCAGUCUGCAACGUACGAGCUUGUACUUUUGGGUCAAGGGAUUACUCUCGUCAUUGAUGAUUUCAACAUCAUUACCAAACCGGGCGUUUUGAAGGAGAUGGAAAUUCGUUCCAGUUCAUUGUCACCUACGGCCUGUUUAAUCGUCGACUUCGGAGAUGGAUCAUCAGCGUUUUCUUAUGGAAAUGAAGACACCUGCUCCAAUUACCCCACUGCUUUCUACCAACAAGAUACGCCCUUGACCAAUCCAUUGAAACUCUAUCGCUACUAUUGGUAUGUGCAGCUUAUUUAG